CUUCUUUUCACUUUUUUUUUUUUUUUUUCUCCCCGAUGAAAUUUGCUAAGCAGUUAGAAACUGAAGCAGAGGAUAUUCCUUCUGAAUGGAGACCCUAUUUAAUACAAUAUAAAGCUUUAAAGAAACUGGUUACAAAGGUAGCCGAGGAAAUCGAAAGUCGAGGACUUUCCACUUCUUUACUUCAUGAAUGUCUGGAUGGUGAAGGAAGCGACAUUCCCAAAAUUAGAUAUUAUUUCACUGGUGAAGCGCCCGACAUUAAACCCAAUAUUGAAUUCACCUACGAUACACAAGCACCGCAAGUCCAACAAGUCUUAUCAAAAAUGCUGUUAUCCGACAAUCAAGAAACGCCUAAACUGGAGUACAAGAAAAGUCAUGAAAAUAAAGACUUUUUUGCCUUGGCAACAACAACAGCGACAACAACGGAUGAUCAUCAUGGUAGACAAGUGAUUACAACCCCCGAAACCAAAAGAAGAAAUUCCACUGUGUCACUCGUCAAGGAACUCCUCAACCUGACACUACAAGAAAAUCAACCUGCCAUAGAAUCGUCCAAAAAAGGCGAGCUCAAGUCCAUCGUCAUCGAAUUAGAACAAGACGAUGAGUUCUUUAAAAUGUUGAUGCAAGAAUUGGCAGAAGCUGCUAUGCUUCAAGAUGUCACCAAACAGAAAUUCGACCAUGAUAUUUCCAACCUGGAAGGCAGAAUGACAAAAGUGGCGUCACCAACACAAAAGACCGACAUGUAUAAUUGGAGGAGGAUAUUUGCUAUUUAUAUGGACGCACAGAUAUUUAGAGGCAACACAGAAUCUGAUAAAUCAUUUCGGACUGUCGAACGCGCUCGAAAACAAAUGACUUGGUUUCUUACUCAACUCGAAAAAGCCAAUUUACUCAACAAGCUGAAAAGCCGUGAAUCCAAAUCCGCUUUCGAGCAGUUUAUUUCAUUAAACACUGAACUCAUCACCAUCAAGCAUUAUCAACUUUUAAACGAAACAGCCAUGCGUAAAAUUCUCAAGAAACAUGAUAAACGCAGCGGUCUCACCGCCAGUGAAAAUUUCCCCAAAUUCGUCUCUACUGAUGACUUAUUUAGCCCUCAGUUAGCUUCCAUGCUCUAUGCCACCAUCACCAGCAAAUUAACUACCAUCAUUCCACAACCCGAUGACUAUGCUUGCCCUGUUUGCAUGAGCGUUGCUUGGAGACCGAUCCGACUCUCCUGUAAUCACGUAUUUUGUGUGCGAUGCCUUAUCAAGGCACAAAAGAAGGGUAUGACUAGUUGCCCUCUCUGUCGCCAUCCAACUGCGGUAGGAUCCGCCACGGCUUUAAAUCUAGACGAAGGCCUUCAAAAUUUCCUAAAAAUGUACUUUCCACAAGAAAUCAAGCAAAAGAAGCGAGAAAAUGAACGCGAACAAGCGAUCGAAGAUGUGCAGGCCAUGACGGGUAAAUUAUAUACAGAAGAACAAUUAAUAAGAAUGAAUAAACCAUCCGAUACUAAAUGUGUCAUUAUGUAAAUAUGAUU